AUUGCUUUUGUCUUUCACUCACUUGCUUUUAAUGAGUAGCAAUUACAGCAGCACGGCGCAAGAUAACGACAAAUGGUCGCUUUCAUCAUAUUCAGUUUGUUCUCCACAGUCUAUGCUACAGGACACAGGUCGGUCUUUUUCUCCAAGGAGGGAGACACUGUGAAUAUGAGCUGCACUUUUCCCAACAUUAUAGAAGGAGACAUCAAUUACAAGAUCCAUUGGCUUAAGAGUACAGAGAAUGACAGAACGGCGCUGCUGGAUGCCAAAAAAGAAUGUACAGCGGCGACCUGUAAAUACAAAAUUAACACAGUUAAUGAAACAACUGUAAAUUUAGUCAUUUAUAAUGCCCAGAGAAAUGAUUCUGGCGAAUAUUAUUGUUCAGAGAACAUGGGUAGCUACCUCAAAUUUCCAGAUAAAGGAGUCGUCCUCGUCGUAGGAGAUGAUCCUAAGAUGAAAGGCAAAGUGUCUCUUUUUGUCUCACAGUACGGGUCAAGCGACCAUGUGACUCUCAUUUGUCUGGUGACGGAGAUCUCCACACCCUACAUGUCCUUGAGGUGGUUUAUUAAUGGCAAUUUACAAAGUGUGCACACACCCGGCUCUGGGCUAGAAGUGCACAGUGAAAAUGCAAGUAAGCUGAAGGUGAUGAGCAGCUUGGCUGUGUCUGCUGAGGUGUGGCACACUGGUGCCGUGUGUGCGUGUCAAGUGCAGCUCGCUUUAAACACGUCGAGGCAUAGCAGCAUCAACAGAAAAGGAUCUUGCUUUGGAAAGUUUGCUGUUUUUACUGCAAUAGCACUUGGAUUUUUGUUACUUGUCUGGUUUGCAAGUUUCAUACUGACAGAUUGCAGAGAGAUGGCUGGAAACUGUGAAAAAAGAAGGGAAGAAUUCUCCACUAGUGAUGCAAAGGAUAACUAUGAUAUAGUCACCUAUGCAAAGCUGGAUUUUGGACCUCAUGGAAAAAAUGACAAAAUCGUCAACAAACAGGCAUAAUAUAUCACAUAAAAGUGGGCAAAAUUAAAAAAUGUAUUUCAAGAAAAAAACAAUUCCUGUGUGUAUGUUACGUUUUUGCUUAAUGUUAUGCUUUAGUUAAUGUAUAAACAAAAUCAUUCUAUAUUAUUUCAGCAUAUUUUUCUUACUGUUCUUUUCUUUAGUGAGUGAUAGCAUUCUACUUAUUCUGUACAGCUGCUGAAUUUUGAUCUAUGAGCAUGCAGUACACUGAAAAAGCUACAUUUGUACAAAACUUAUCAUUAUUAUGUCUCUUUAAUAAUCAGCUUAAUAUAUUACCAUUAAUUUCAUUUAGAUGUUGGCUGAAUUUUCCCUUUGAAUGUAUUUUUUUUUUGCUGAUAUUGUCAUUUAAAUGCAGCUCUUCAAAGUUAAAGGUGCAUCAGUGGCUGAUGCCUUCACAUCUGUCCCCGGGCGCAGCAUCCAGGGGGCGCCAAAUUGAUGUUACAAAAU